GCUCGCCGGCGCUCUCUUUCGGUUUGCUCCGGCUCCGGAGGCGCGGACCCCCCCACGCUGAGGCGCUUCUCCUCCUCCAAGCGCCCCUGUCCCGGUCCCGGUCCCGGCCCCGCGCGGGGCUCGGGGAUGCCCGCCAGCAUGUUCAGCAUCGACAACAUCCUGGCCGCGGGGCCGCGCUGCAAGGAUGCGGUGCUGCGGGUGGCUCCCCGCCCCGCGGCCCCCAUUGUCUUCCUGGCGCUGCACGGGGACUCGCUCUACAGCGCUGGCGGCAGCACCGCCUCCUCCGCGGACGCCUUCUACCGGCGCCCCGCGGUCCCCGGCGGCGCGGGCCUCCCGGCCGUGGUCCGCGGCUCCCGCCUGGGCUCCCGCAACUAUUAAUUCCACGGGCAGCUGCACGUGCAGGCGGCGCCCGUGGGCCCGUGCUGCGGGGCCGCGCCGCCGCUGGGCGCCCAGUGCUCCUGCGUCCCCGCGCCGCCAGGCUACGAGGGCCCCGGCUCGGUGCUGGUGUCGCCGGUGCCGCACCAGAUGCUGCCCUACAUGAACGUGGGCACGCUGUCGCGCUCCGAGCUGCAGCUCCUCAACCAGCUGCACUGCAGGCGGAAGCAGCGGCACCGCACCAUCUUCACCGACGAGCAGCUGGAGGCGCUGGAGAACCUCUUCCAGGAGACCAAGUACCCCGACGUGGGCACGCGCGAGCAGCUGGCGCGGAAGGUGCACCUCCGCGAGGAGAAGGUGGAGGUCUGGUUUAAGAACCGCCGGGCCAAGUGGCGGCGGCAGAAGCGGUCCUCCUCAGAGGAGUCUGAAAACGCCGAGAAGUGGCCCAAGCCUUCCUCCAAGGCAUCGCCCGAGAAGAGGGAAGAGGAAGGUAAAAGCGAUUUGGACUCAGACAGCUGACGGCCGCGGCUGGCCCGGCGCUCGCCGCGCUGGAAGGACUUGCACAGACAGACGAUGCCACUUUCUUGCACACACGCCGCCUUGCAGGAGAGGGCCAGGGCCGGAGCGGAACCGGAGCUGUAAAUAGUGUACAGAGCCGGGCCGGCGGCCUGCUGUCCCCCGGGUGGGGCAGCGCUGGGUGGCUCUUAGCCCCGCAGUCCUCCACAGCCGCAGCCACCUGCGCCUCGCUCGUUCGCUGUAGUAUUUAUAGUUAAGUUAAAGGUGACAACACAAUAAAGUGACGGCCAUGUA